UUAUUUAGUGCUGAUAGCAACGAAGAAGAAUCUAAGAGUCCUUUCGAAAAGUACGGAGUCAUGAAAGUGGAGGGUCUAGAAGGAUUCAUAAAAGAACUGCAAAAUCCAGUUGAAGACUUGUUUUAUGUUGUUAGUAAAAAGAAGGAUGGAGACACGAACUGGGACAAUAUGGUCAUUAUUGACUUUUUUUACGGAAACUUACAACGGGAAUAUUUAAGUUCGGUCAUUAGCAAGAGUAGG